UGCCAAUGGACAUAAUCUGAUAUCUAGGCUAAGUGAUCUUAAGGACCAUCUGCUUUUGGAGUUCCCUGACAACAUCAAGGAACACUGGACGAGGCUAAAAACAUCCAUUAUUUCAGCCUAUGAACAAACUAUUGGAUACCAAACCAAGAAACACCAGGACUGGUUUGGUGAGAAUGACAGUGAGAUUGAACGCAUUAUUAACAAGAAAAGGAAGGCCUUUCAGAUCUGGCAAAGAGAGAGAAAAUGCACCACUAAGAAAAAAAGCUAUGCCAAUGCCAAGGCUGAGGUUCAAAGAAGAACCAGAGGACUAAUGAACACCUGGUGGAUAAAAAAAGCUCAAGAGAUCCAACACUUAGCCAACACUCAUGAUGCACAGAGUUUCUUUAAAGCCACAAAGACCAUCCAUGGGCCAAUAAAUCAUGGUAUAUGCCCCCUACACUCAAUAGACAGCACCACACUUCUAAAAGAUAAAGAAGCUAUUGCACUGCACUGGAAAGAAGAUUACCAGCAUUUCCAUAACCACAACUCCCACAUAGCUGCUGAGGUCCUCUCACAAAUUCCACAAAAACAAAUUAGAGAUGAGCUUGCAGUAUCUCCAAAUCUGGGAGAAUUGUGUACAGCCGUUAACCAAAUGAAAAACAGCAAAGCCAGUGGACCUGAUGGGAUACCUGCCAAAGUCUCCAAAGUGGGUGGAACUGAACUUACACAACAACUUCACAAGCUCAUCGAAAAAAUCUGGGAGAGAGAAGAGAUCCCAGCAGACUUUAUGGAUGCCAAAAGUAUCAAUCUCUUUUUAAAAAG